UUUAUACCGGCGCGGCGGCCCGGGGGCGGCGAGCGGCGGUGGGCGAGCGGCGCCAUCAUGGAGGGGGGGAGGCAGGUGGCUAACUUCGGCGCUGGGCCGGCCAAGCUGCCGCGCUCUGUAUUAUUAGCAGCACAAAAAGAAUUGGUGGACUACAAAGGACUUGGCAUUAGUGUUCUUGAAAUGAGCCAUCGGACCUCGGAUUUCUCAAAAAUUUUAAAUACAGCUGAAAAUCUCUUGCGUGAAUUACUAAUUAUACCAGAAAACUACAAAGUUAUUUUCCUCCAAGGAGGUGGAUCUGGUCAGUUCAGUGCAGUCCCACUAAACCUGAUUGGCUUAAAGGAGGGUAGACAGGCGGAUUAUGUGGUUACUGGAGCUUGGUCAGCAAAAGCUGCUAAAGAAGCAGAGAAGUAUGCCAAAGUGAAUAUUGUUCAUCCGAAACUAUCAGCCUAUACAAACAUUCCUGACCCAGGCACUUGGAAUCUCAAUCCAGAUGCAUCGUAUGUGUACUACUGUGCUAAUGAGACUGUUCAUGGUGUGGAGUUUGACUUUGUACCCGAUGUCAAAGGAGCAGUCUUGGUUUGUGAUAUGUCAUCAAAUUUCCUGUCGAGGCCUGUGGAUAUUUCCAAGUUUGGUGUGAUUUUUGCUGGUGCUCAGAAGAAUGUUGGCUGUGCUGGAGUUACUGUUGUAAUAGUACGUGAGGACUUGCUGGGAUUUGCACUGAAGGAAUGCCCUGUAGUGAUGGAUUACAAAACACAAGCAGCGAAUGGCUCUUUAUAUAACACUCCUCCAUGCUACAGUAUCUAUAUCAUGGGACUGGUGCUGGAGUGGAUAAAGAACAAUGGUGGAGCUGCAGCCAUGGACAAACUUAGUUUAAUCAAAUCACAAAUGAUUUAUGAUAUUAUAGAUAGGUCUAAUGGAUUCUAUGUAUGUCCAGUGGAGAAGAAGAACCGAAGCAGAAUGAACGUCCCCUUCCGCAUUGGCAGCAUCAAGGGUGAUGAAGUCCUGGAAAAGAAAUUCCUUGAGAAAGCUGUGGAACUUAACAUGAUAUCUCUGAAAGGACAUCGAUCUGUGGGAGGAAUCCGUGCCUCUUUGUAUAAUGCAGUGACUGUAGAAGAUGUUCAGAAGCUUGCAACAUUCAUGAGAAGCUUCAUGCAGAUGCAUCAGUCAUAAAUGCACAUGUGUUAGAGCCAUGCUGCAUGUCUAUCAAAUAAAAGCUAAAGUGUUUGGAAAUCACUGUGCUUGUGCACAGACAUAGCGCACAAAUUACAUAUUCUUGUACUUCCAGUAGCUAUUUUAGUUAUCUGCAUGGAAUUAAGGCCUUCCAGGGGCUUGGCAGUCUUGGCUCCUAUCUGAAGAUGAAGAGUAUUAGACUGAUCAAGAUUGGAACCAAAAUUUGCAAAGCAACAGUCUUAAUGUAUAGUUAAAGCAUUGUGAGAUGCUAUGGAUCUCAGUUCUGACCAUAGACAUGUCACUACAAUGCUCAGUUGAAACUAGUCGUUCUUUAAUUAUACAUAAACGCAGAAUAGGAAUCAGUACUGCUUUUUGGAAAAAAAAAUCUCAGCUGUCUCUUGUUGCUAGUUAGAAAAUGACUUCUUCAAAUAUACCUUGUUAUCAGUAAAUUCCUAAAGGCAGAAUUUCUUACAAGUUUUCUAUAGAGCUUUACACAGACUAUACGACUGAACAGUGAGUGGCAAACUAACAUUAAGUGUUCUCUAAGGGUGUCUAGUUAGUUUAUCAGUUGUUUCAGUAAUAGUUUUCAGGAGUCAAUAUCUAGUUUCUGAACUUCAGGCCACUGUGUUCAAAACUUUGUUUCCCUGCAUGAGUUUUUAGGACAGUCCCAUGCAGUAGUACACACUAGUGACUGGGUCUUUUUUUUUGGUAUUUCUAUUUACUGGUUGAGACCUAAGAUGCAUGGACUUAGAAUUAAAUUAGUAUAUAAUAUGAACUGCAUAGAG